GUUGUUCAGUUAAAGCAUUAGAUAAUACUUCGAGUUAACUCUUCUUCUAGUACUGCUUACCGACUUCAUUACAUCCAUAAAAAGUUGUGCACAACUUACAGAGACCUUGAUGAAGAAUUUGGAUUGUUAGCACAGCGUGCGUGCCAUCCAAGCGAUUUCUGCCUCGACAUGAAUCCUAUGAAGAAAGAUUGUACAGCGUUGAAAUCGGAGGAUGCCAUCUUACUCAAAAACUAGACUGCAGCGCAACUGCUGAAGUGAUCGCUGAGGCCAUGAUAAACAUCAUCGCCAAUAUCAAGAUCUUGACUUGAAAUGGUGCCGAAAAGUUUCUUUUCUCCAAUCUUGCUAAGUCAGGCUGCAGCACCAUAGUUAUGACUCUUGUGGGAUCCAUACCCGUGGUACAAGAAGACGCUAUGGGCUGUUUUCUGUUUAUCAAUCAGCAGGAUCAUGCCUACAACAAAGCUCCUAGUGAUACAAUCGCAACUGCUCGGUUUUCAUAUCAUGGAAGAAUUUUCUCCAUCUUCAACAACUACGCUUCACGAACGGGUAUAUGAGUCUGCUCGACAAAGAGUAAAAGACAAAGAGUACAGAAGACGAGAGAGUGAAAACAAAACCGUAUGUUUUAUCUUCAAUUCUAGCAGUUUCGAAUCAGGCAAAAUAACUGGGCAAAAGUACAGGCAAUGUGUACAAAUUGGAGUGAAGAGCAUACACUGACCAUUCAGGUGUACCUAUAGGACAUCAGUCCAAGAAUCAGCUACCAUUCAACGCAUCCUUAAAAAGCUAUCAUAUUGAAGAACAGCAGAGGAACCCAUUGUCUAAUGCUUUAACUCAACAACAAGCAUUCUUUCAAGGGCGAGAAGUAUAAGGCUACUUCGUAUUUUCAAUUACUUGAUAUAGGUACAAUCUAUAUCAUGUGAUUGUAAGUCGUGAACACAAACCACCGGUUAUAUUCAGAGUUCUUGGACUGGUGUCUUAC